AAAUACCAACCCAUUUCUGCUCUCACUCUCUCAACCCUAAAACCUGCUUAAUCAUGAUUCUUUAAAUAUUUUUCUCUCUCUCUCUCUAAAUCCCUCGACAAUUACACGACAAAAUUACAAGAAAAAAUGGAGCAAAAUCUACCGUUGAUAGCGAAGAAAAUGUGGGGAAUCGUACGAGUGGUGUUCUUCAUGCUAAGAAAAGGAAUCUCAAAGAGCAAACUCAUGGUGGAUCUCAACAUCAUGCUCAAGCGUGGCAAAAUCGCCAGCAAAACCGCCAUAACAAACCUCCUCAUGCUCCACCGCCGCCACCAGUCAUCCUCCUUUGCUGCUCCACGCGACUACGAGUUCAGCUGCAGCAACACGCCCGCAUAUAACAUUCUCCACAUAAUCAAGCGGCGCCACCACCACAAUUUCUUCGCGUGUACACACGCGCCGCAGACGCAGGAAGAGGAUUUGGUGACUGUGAAGGCGGUGUUGGAGUUGUUGAAUAGUAACAAUCAGACGGCGGCGUCCCCGGCCUUACCGGGAUUUGGACGGAGUCCGAUGGUGAGGCAGUUGAGGGUAACGGACUCGCCGUUUCCGUUAAAGGAGGUUGAUGAGGUGGAUAGUAGGUACGUGGACAAGGCCGCUGAGGAGUUUAUUCAGAAGUUCUACAAAGAGUUGAGGAACCAAAAGAACUAUUAAUGUACAUGGCCUAGUUAGUGCAUGUGGUGUAUCUUCUUCUUCUUCUUCUUCUUCAAAGUUUUAAUUUUUGGGUUGUGUUUUUUGUUGACAAAUAUAAACAAUAAUUGAAAAAAAGUCUUUGCAUGAA